CAAAAGAUGAAAUUAGAAACCCUAGUUUGGGAAAGAUGCCUGCUGGUCAUGGUGUGAGAUGCCGCACCAGAGACUCGUUCUCUCGACCCUUCAGGAAGAAGGGUACCAUCGCCCUUACGACCUACCUCAGGACCUAUCACGUUGGUGAUUACGUUGACAUCAAGGUUAAUGGCGCAGUCCACAAAGGCAUGCCACACAAGUUCUACCAUGGCCGCACUGGUCGUGUCUGGAAUGUCACCAAACGCGCUAUUGGUGUUGAGGUUAACAAACAGGUUGGGAACAGAAUAAUUAGGAAGAGAAUUCACGUACGCGUGGAGCAUGUUAUGCCAUCGAGGUGCACUGAGGAGUUCCGUUUGAGGAAGAUCAAGAAUGAUCAAUUGAAGGCUGAGGCCAAGGCUAAAGGUGAGGUCAUCAGCACCAAGAGACAGCCUCAAGGUCCUAAACCAGGUUUCAUGGUUGAAGGUGCUACAUUGGAGACUGUUACUCCAAUUCCUUAUGAUGUCGUCAAUGAUCUUAAAGGCGGUUACUAGUCUUUACUUUCCUUGUGUUUUCUGGACUGCUUUGUUUUGUUUUGUUUUUCAUUGGAAACAGCCUUAAAAUUUGUGAACUAUCUGACUUAAGUUUUAUCUUGUUUAAUUCUAAAUGCAAAAUUAUGUUCUAUUUGCCUC